AUGUCCUCCUCUCCUCUUCGCAUCGGCUUCGUGCCAGAACACUUCUCAACUCCCCUUCACUUCGCCCAGAAGCACUUUGGUCUCGAUGCAACUCUCAUCCCCUUUCCUUCCGGCACAGGCCACAUGGUCACCGCCAUCCGAUCCGGGGAGAUUGAUGUAGCUGUUGGUCUGACUGAGGGUUGGAUUGCAGGUCUGGGCAAGGAGGGCGUUGAAGGAGAUGGUGGAUAUCGUCUUGUAGGAACUUAUGUCGAGACUCCCCUGUGUUGGGCCAUCUCUACAGGCGCAGAGCGUCCUGAAAUCACCUCUGUCGACUCUCUUAAGGGCGGCAAGAUUGGCGUUUCACGAAUUGGCUCUGGCAGCUACGUGAUGGGCUUCGUCCUGGCCGACCAACAAGGCUGGCUGACCCCUGGCGCCGCAGAGAAACCCUUCAAAGAUACCGUGGUCCUCAACACCUUUGAGAACCUGCGCAACGCCGUCAACAGCGGCGAGGCCGACUUUUUCAUGUGGGAGCAUUUCACAUCCAAGAAGUUCUACGACUCGGGUGAGAUCCGCCGCGUCGGUGAAAUCUACACACCCUGGAGCAGCUGGAAGAUUGUCGCUUCGACAAAGCUGACGCAGGAUGGCUUGGAUGCUCGUGUGAAUGAUCUGUUUGGCAAGUUGGACCAGGGCAUUAAGCACUUCAACGAGAAUCAGGAGGAGUCUGUGGCAUAUAUCUCAAGCAGUCUUGGCUACACGGAGCCUGAUGCGCGGGAGUGGCUCAAGACGGUCAGGUUCCCAACAAAGACAGAAGGAGUUCGCUCCGAGGUGGUGCAGAAUACAGUCAACAUCUUGCGGAAGGCGGGAGUUUUGGCCGAGGGCAAGGGGAUAGAGCCUCAAUCCAUGGUCUUCUCUCGCUAA